UGACAGACAUAUUUGACGGAAAUAAAAAGGGAAAAGUCAAAACGAAACGCACUGCAAUGCAAUAUUUUAUUUUUAUUGAAGUAGAAGAACCAUAGAAUGUCUGCAUCUUGAAAGAUAUUGACCCACUCAUUUAAUUAUAAAAGAACGGUGUUACUGUAGAUUGUGGAAUAAUUACGCUUUUCCAACAUGCCGCUGAACUUACAAUCAGUCCGGCAGUAUUUGAAUGAACUGAGGAAUUCUGGUGGUUUACACAAAGAUCAAGCUGAAAAGUACCGCAAUGUUCUCAUGGAAAUACUAAAAAAUCCUGAGGGAGAUUUAGCAGACUCACUCAAAGCGUUUGUAGAAGCAAUUGUGAAUGAGAAUGUGAGCCUAGUGAUCUCCCGGCAACUGCUCACAGAUGUCAGCACACAUUUAGCAUUGUUGCCAGAUCCGGUAUCACAGGAUGUCUCACACUAUGCCUUAGAUGUCAUACAACCAAGAGUCAUCUCAUUUGAAGAACAGGUAGCAAGCAUCAGACAACACUUGGCGGAUAUUUACGAACGCAACCAAAACUGGAAGGAAGCUGCAAAUGUAUUAGUCGGAAUUCCUUUAGAAACUGGACAAAAGCAGUACUCUGUUGAUUACAAACUAGAGACAUACCUAAAAAUCGCGCGCCUUUACCUGGAGGUCGAUGACCCCGUGCAGGCGGAGGCCUACGUCAACAGGGCUUCGCUGUUACAGGCCGAGACCACUAAUGAACAGCUGCAGAUUUAUUACAAAGUGUGCUACGCCCGAGUUUUAGAUUAUAGGAGAAAGUUCAUAGAAGCAGCUCAGAGAUACAAUGAGCUCUCGUACCGCAACAUCAUUCACGAAGACGAGCGCAUGACGUGCCUACGCAACGCUCUCAUCUGCACAGUGCUGGCCUCCGCAGGUCAGCAAAGAUCCAGAAUGUUGGCCACUCUGUUCAAAGACGAGCGGUGCCAGCAACUACCCGCGUAUUCAAUCCUGGAGAAGAUGUACCUGGAUCGCAUCAUUCGCCGUUCUGAGCUACACGAGUUUGAGGCUCUCAUGCAGACGCAUCAGAAGGCGACAACACCAGACGGCUCGUCCAUCCUGGACCGCGCCGUGUUCGAGCACAACCUGCUGUCGGCGAGCAAGCUGUACAACAACAUCACGUUCGAGGAGCUCGGCGCGCUGCUCGAGACGCCGCCCGCGCGCGCCGAGCGCAUCGCCGCGCACAUGAUCUCCGAGCAGCGCAUGCACGGACACAUCGACCAGAUCAGCGCCAGGGUGCACUUUGAGAGUGAGUAUACUGCUCUAGCCUCUCCUGUACAACAUCGCCGCGCACAUGAUCUCCGAGCAGCGCAUGCACGGACACAUCGACCAGAUCAGCGCCAGGGUGCACUUUGAGAGUGAGUAUACUGCUCUAGCCUCUCCUGUACAACAUCGCCGCGCACAUGAUCUCCGAGCAGCGCAUGCACGGACACAUCGACCAGAUCAGCGCCAGGGUGCACUUUGAGAGUGAGUAUACUGCUCUAGCCUCUCCUGUACAACAUCGCCGCGCACAUGAUCUCCGAGCAGCGCAUGCACGGCCACAUCGACCAGAUCAGCGCCAGGGUGCACUUUGAGAGUGAGUAUACUGCUCUAGCCUCUCCUGUACAACAUCGCCGCGCACAUGAUCUCCGAGCAGCGCAUGCACGGCCACAUCGACCAGAUCAGCGCCAGGGUGCACUUUGAGAGUGAGUAUACUGCUCUAGCCUCUCCUGUACAACAUCGCCGCGCACAUGAUCUCCGAGCAGCGCAUGCACGGACACAUCGACCAGAUCAGCGCCAGGGUGCACUUUGAGAGUGAGUAUACUGCUCUAGCCUCUCCUGUACAACAUCGCCGCGCACAUGAUCUCCGAGCAGCGCAUGCACGGACACAUCGACCAGAUCAGCGCCAGGGUGCACUUUGAGAGUGAGUAUACUGCUCUAGCCUCUCCUGUACAACAUCGCCGCGCACAUGAUCUCCGAGCAGCGCAUGCACGGACACAUCGACCAGAUCAGCGCCAGGGUGCACUUUGAGAGUGAGUAUACUGCUCUAGCCUCUCCUGUACAACAUCGCCGCGCACAUGAUCUCCGAGCAGCGCAUGCACGGACACAUCGACCAGAUCAGCGCCAGGGUGCACUUUGAGAGUGAGUAUACUGCUCUAGCCUCUCCUGUACAACAUCGCCGCGCACAUGAUCUCCGAGCAGCGCAUGCACGGACACAUCGACCAGAUCAGCGCCAGGGUGCACUUUGAGAGUGAGUAUACUGCUCUAGCCUCUCCUGUACAACAUCGCCGCGCACAUGAUCUCCGAGCAGCGCAUGCACGGACACAUCGACCAGAUCAGCGCCAGGGUGCACUUUGAGAGUGAGUAUACUGCUCUAGCCUCUCCUGUACAACAUCGCCGCGCACAUGAUCUCCGAGCAGCGCAUGCACGGCCACAUCGACCAGAUCAGCGCCAGGGUGCACUUUGAGAGUGAGUAUACUGCUCUAGCCUCUCCUGUACAACAUCGCCGCGCACAUGAUCUCCGAGCAGCGCAUGCACGGACACAUCGACCAGAUCAGCGCCAGGGUGCACUUUGAGAGUGAGUAUACUGCUCUAGCCUCUCCUGUACAACAUCGCCGCGCACAUGAUCUCCGAGCAGCGCAUGCACGGACACAUCGACCAGAUCAGCGCCAGGGUGCACUUUGAGAGUGAGUAUACUGCUCUAGCCUCUCCUGUACAACAUCGCCGCGCACAUGAUCUCCGAGCAGCGCAUGCACGGACACAUCGACCAGAUCAGCGCCAGGGUGCACUUUGAGAGUGAGUAUACUGCUCUAGCCUCUCCUGUACAACAUCGCCGCGCACAUGAUCUCCGAGCAGCGCAUGCACGGACACAUCGACCAGAUCAGCGCCAGGGUGCACUUUGAGAGUGAGUAUACUGCUCUAGCCUCUCCUGUACAACAUCGCCGCGCACAUGAUCUCCGAGCAGCGCAUGCACGGACACAUCGACCAGAUCAGCGCCAGGGUGCACUUUGAGAGUGAGUAUACUGCUCUAGCCUCUCCUGUACAACAUCGCCGCGCACAUGAUCUCCGAGCAGCGCAUGCACGGACACAUCGACCAGAUCAGCGCCAGGGUGCACUUUGAGAGUGAGUAUACUGCUCUAGCCUCUCCUGUACAACAUCGCCGCGCACAUGAUCUCCGAGCAGCGCAUGCACGGACACAUCGACCAGAUCAGCGCCAGGGUGCACUUUGAGAGUGAGUAUACUGCUCUAGCCUCUCCUGUACAACAUCGCCGCGCACAUGAUCUCCGAGCAGCGCAUGCACGGACACAUCGACCAGAUCAGCGCCAGGGUGCACUUUGAGAGUGAGUAUACUGCUCUAGCCUCUCCUGUACAACAUCGCCGCGCACAUGAUCUCCGAGCAGCGCAUGCACGGACACAUCGACCAGAUCAGCGCCAGGGUGCACUUUGAGAGUGAGUAUACUGCUCUAGCCUCUCCUGUACAACAUCGCCGCGCACAUGAUCUCCGAGCAGCGCAUGCACGGACACAUCGACCAGAUCAGCGCCAGGGUGCUUUGAGAGUGAGUAUACUGCUCUAGCCUCUCCUGUACAACAUCGCCGCGCACAUGAUCUCCGAGCAGCGCAUGCACGGACACAUCGACCAGAUCAGCGCCAGGGUGCACUUUGAGAGUGAGUAUACUGCUCUAGCCUCUCCUGUACAACAUCGCCGCGCACAUGAUCUCCGAGCAGCGCAUGCACGGACACAUCGACCAGAUCAGCGCCAGGGUGCACUUUGAGAGUGAGUAUACUGCUCUAGCCUCUCCUGUACAACAUCGCCGCGCACAUGAUCUCCGAGCAGCGCAUGCACGGACACAUCGACCAGAUCAGCGCCAGGGUGCACUUUGAGAGUGAGUAUACUGCUCUAGCCUCUCCUGUACAACAUCGCCGCGCACAUGAUCUCCGAGCAGCGCAUGCACGGACACAUCGACCAGAUCAGCGCCAGGGUGCACUUUGAGAGUGAGUAUACUGCUCUAGCCUCUCCUGUACAACAUCGCCGCGCACAUGAUCUCCGAGCAGCGCAUGCACGGACACAUCGACCAGAUCAGCGCCAGGGUGCACUUUGAGAGUGAGUAUACUGCUCUAGCCUCUCCUGUACAACAUCGCCGCGCACAUGAUCUCCGAGCAGCGCAUGCACGGACACAUCGACCAGAUCAGCGCCAGGGUGCACUUUGAGAGUGAGUAUACUGCUCUAGCCUCUCCUGUACAACAUCGCCGCGCACAUGAUCUCCGAGCAGCGCAUGCACGGACACAUCGACCAGAUCAGCGCCAGGGUGCACUUUGAGAGUGAGUAUACUGCUCUAGCCUCUCCUGUACAACAUCGCCGCGCACAUGAUCUCCGAGCAGCGCAUGCACGGACACAUCGACCAGAUCAGCGCCAGGGUGCACUUUGAGAGUGAGUAUACUGCUCUAGCCUCUCCUGUACAACAUCGCCGCGCACAUGAUCUCCGAGCAGCGCAUGCACGGACACAUCGACCAGAUCAGCGCCAGGGUGCACUUUGAGAGUGAGUAUACUGCUCUAGCCUCUCCUGUACAACAUCGCCGCGCACAUGAUCUCCGAGCAGCGCAUGCACGGACACAUCGACCAGAUCAGCGCCAGGGUGCACUUUGAGAGUGAGUAUACUGCUCUAGCCUCUCCUGUACAACAUCGCCGCGCACAUGAUCUCCGAGCAGCGCAUGCACGGACACAUCGACCAGAUCAGCGCCAGGGUGCACUUUGAGAGUGAGUAUACUGCUCUAGCCUCUCCUGUACAACAUCGCCGCGCACAUGAUCUCCGAGCAGCGCAUGCACGGACACAUCGACCAGAUCAGCGCCAGGGUGCACUUUGAGAGUGAGUAUACUGCUCUAGCCUCUCCUGUACAACAUCGCCGCGCACAUGAUCUCCGAGCAGCGCAUGCACGGACACAUCGACCAGAUCAGCGCCAGGGUGCACUUUGAGAGUGAGUAUACUGCUCUAGCCUCUCCUGUACAACAUCGCCGCGCACAUGAUCUCCGAGCAGCGCAUGCACGGACACAUCGACCAGAUCAGCGCCAGGGUGCACUUUGAGAGUGAGUAUACUGCUCUAGCCUCUCCUGUACAACAUCGCCGCGCACAUGAUCUCCGAGCAGCGCAUGCACGGACACAUCGACCAGAUCAGCGCCAGGGUGCACUUUGAGAGUGAGUAUACUGCUCUAGCCUCUCCUGUACAACAUCGCCGCGCACAUGAUCUCCGAGCAGCGCAUGCACGGACACAUCGACCAGAUCAGCGCCAGGGUGCACUUUGAGAGUGAGUAUACUGCUCUAGCCUCUCCUGUACAACAUCGCCGCGCACAUGAUCUCCGAGCAGCGCAUGCACGGACACAUCGACCAGAUCAGCGCCAGGGUGCACUUUGAGAGUGAGUAUACUGCUCUAGCCUCUCCUGUACAACAUCGCCGCGCACAUGAUCUCCGAGCAGCGCAUGCACGGACACAUCGACCAGAUCAGCGCCAGGGUGCACUUUGAGAGUGAGUAUACUGCUCUAGCCUCUCCUGUACAACAUCGCCGCGCACAUGAUCUCCGAGCAGCGCAUGCACGGACACAUCGACCAGAUCAGCGCCAGGGUGCACUUUGAGAGUGAGUAUACUGCUCUAGCCUCUCCUGUACAACAUCGCCGCGCACAUGAUCUCCGAGCAGCGCAUGCACGGACACAUCGACCAGAUCAGCGCCAGGGUGCACUUUGAGAGUGAGUAUACUGCUCUAGCCUCUCCUGUACAACAUCGCCGCGCACAUGAUCUCCGAGCAGCGCAUGCACGGACACAUCGACCAGAUCAGCGCCAGGGUGCACUUUGAGAGUGAGUAUACUGCUCUAGCCUCUCCUGUACAACAUCGCCGCGCACAUGAUCUCCGAGCAGCGCAUGCACGGACACAUCGACCAGAUCAGCGCCAGGGUGCACUUUGAGAGUGAGUAUACUGCUCUAGCCUCUCCUGUACAACAUCGCCGCGCACAUGAUCUCCGAGCAGCGCAUGCACGGACACAUCGACCAGAUCAGCGCCAGGGUGCACUUUGAGAGUGAGUAUACUGCUCUAGCCUCUCCUGUACAACAUCGCCGCGCACAUGAUCUCCGAGCAGCGCAUGCACGGACACAUCGACCAGAUCAGCGCCAGGGUGCACUUUGAGAGUGAGUAUACUGCUCUAGCCUCUCCUGUACAACAUCGCCGCGCACAUGAUCUCCGAGCAGCGCAUGCACGGACACAUCGACCAGAUCAGCGCCAGGGUGCACUUUGAGAGUGAGUAUACUGCUCUAGCCUCUCCUGUACAACAUCGCCGCGCACAUGAUCUCCGAGCAGCGCAUGCACGGACACAUCGACCAGAUCAGCGCCAGGGUGCACUUUGAGAGUGAGUAUACUGCUCUAGCCUCUCCUGUACAACAUCGCCGCGCACAUGAUCUCCGAGCAGCGCAUGCACGGACACAUCGACCAGAUCAGCGCCAGGGUGCACUUUGAGAGUGAGUAUACUGCUCUAGCCUCUCCUGUACAACAUCGCCGCGCACAUGAUCUCCGAGCAGCGCAUGCACGGCCAC